AUGUCGUCACUGCAUCCUUUGACAGCGGAUAUUAGAUGGACACCCGAUAUUGGCUUGACCCCACCUGACAGAUGGCUUCCCGGCUCGCUUGUAUUUGGGGAAGAUCUCGAAGCUUCACAGGACUGUGCAAAGAUAAGUCUUUUGUAUAUCCUGGAAACAGCCGAUAUGAUAAGCGAAAUAUCCCCUCGCGACUCGCACAUGAUCCGCUAUAGGGAGUGGAUAAUGUCCGAAGCUUCGUAUAUCCGACAAGGCCACCAUGAUCUCUUCGGUAAAGGCAAAAUAUGGGCUCGAGCAAAGUCCGAGGAACGGCGAGAAAAGAUCAGACAGCUUUCCUCGCGAUGGGAAGAUAAUAACAAAUAUAACGGAUGGCAUUCGUGUGCGAUUGCAAUUUUGGAAAACUGCAUUGAUCUGAUGAAUGGUACCCAAAGUUCAUUAGAUCUACUGCUUCAUGAAAAAAGGCUUGAGAGGCUUUAUACAUCAGCCGGCGUCCCGGCUCGCUGGAGCCAAGUAAUGAAACUCAUGGGUCUUACAAACCCUAGAAUGCGCAUUCUGGAGAUUGGCGGUGGAACUGGCGCCUAUACUCGGAAGGCACUUGAAGACCUUCAAUCCUCUGAGGGUGUGCAUCUGUAUUCCAAAUAUGUCUUUUCAGAUAUAUCCCCAGGACUCACAGAUGCAGCGCAAGAAGAAUUCGGUUCCAAGAGGAAUGUCGAGUUCAAGGUCUUGGACAUCUCUCAAGAAGUCGAAAAUCAAGGAUUCCAACCACAUUCUUAUGAUCUUGUGAUUGCUUCCAAUGUUGGUCUCUCUAUAUUUCACUUCCCUAUAUCCAUCGUUCUUCAUGCAACCCCGUCACUCAAGGAGUCGUUGCAGAACGUCUCUAAGCUUCUGGCACCAACUGGGAAAUUCAUAUUGCAUGAGUUGUCGCCCGAAAGUCCCGCUAUUAACUACGCCAUGGGUAUACUACCCGAUUGGUGGAUUGGUGUAAACGACGAUCGCGCUAAUGUGCCAUAUGUUUCCCCCGAUCGGUGGGACUUUGAGCUUCGUGCUGCCGGGUUCACAGGCAACGAAGCGUACUCUUACGACCUUGAACCGCCCUUUCACUUCAGCCACACAAUGAUGUCAGGAAUUGCACGGCAAACGCAAUUUCAACGUGUGAGUCUAGUUGCAAGCGACCCUCAUUCCCCGUGGAUCUCUCAAGUUGCCUCUCGUUUUCGAGAGAAUGGCUACUCUGUCAACAUGAGUACAUUGAAUGAAAAGCCAUCGGAUGGCGAUGACUUUGUAUUCUUACUGGAUCUAGAUGAGCCGUUUUUGUAUAACAUUGAGGAGGAGACAUUCCAUUUCCUUCGGGAUUUCAUGCUUUGUAUUACUGGGCGGGGCCUCUGGGUGACACAUUCGACACAGCAGAGCUGUCAAGAUCCACGCUACGGACUUAUACAUGGACUUGUCCGUACACUGAGGGUCGAAAACGAGCUGGAUCUUUCAACAUUUGAAACUGACGUAUUCGAUGAUGAUUCCUCUCGCGCCCUAUACCGAGUGCUUGACAAGAUUAAAUGCUCACGCGAUGUCGAGGAGCUGUAUCCAGAUUAUGAGUUCUCCUACCAGGAUCGAGUGACCCAUACUGGUCGAUGUCACUGGGCUCCUCCAAGCGAGACUAAAAACCAUAUACCCAUCAUGGACAACGAAGGACUUAUAAAGCUGAAUAUAGGGACUUACGGCCUGAUCGACACGCUGCAAUGGUCUCGGGUUGCGGAGUCAAAGCUCGGUGGCGACGAAGUAGAGGUCGAGGUUCGAUAUGUCGGCUUAAACUUCCGGGAUACUUUGGUAGCUCUAGGUCUCGUCGGUGAUAAAAAAGAGCUCGGGCUCGAGGGCAGCGGCAUAAUACGACGAGUUGGGUCCAAAGUUGAAGGGUUUGUUCCGGGGGACAGAGUCAUCACCUUUUACCCUGGGCAUUUCCAAUCCAGAAUCAUCACAACACCUACUUGCUGCUUUAAAGUGCCAGACAGCAUUGCGCUAGACCAAGCGGCGACUAUGCCUAGCAUAUACGCCACUGCAGUUUAUUCGUUGAUCGAAGUCUGCGCCUUGGAGAAGGGAGAGACCGUUUUAAUUCAUUCCGCCUGCGGAGGAGUUGGGUUUGCAUCAAUUCAAAUUUGCCAGCUCCUUGGUGCAGAGGUAUUUGCAACGGUGGGAAAUGAUGAAGAAGUGGAGCACCUCAUGACUCGCUUCUUCAUACCACGCAAUCGAAUUUUCAAUUCUAAGUCGAAGGAAUUCCAGCCACAGAUCCUGCGAGAGACAUAUGGACGAGGCGUUGAUAUUAUUAUCAACUCGCUGGCGGGAGAGCUUCUUCACGCAUCGUGGGGACAUGUUGCCAAGCGUGGAAAGAUGAUUGAGCUUGGCGAGAAGGAUUUCAGUACGAAUGGAAUGCUUAGCACGGGACCAUUUGCUGGUAGCCGGGCCUUCUCCGGUGUAGAUAUCCUAUCUCUGUGUGAGGAAGACCCCGAAUACUUCAGAGACCUCUUUUCACAAGCUGUGGACUGGGCCCUGGAGGGUAAAAUUCAGCCUAUCCAACCAAUGAGGGUGUUUUCUGCGACUGAGAUACAGGACGCUUUCCGAUACAUGCAGCAGGGUUUUCACACGGGCAAGAUCUUGAUUGAGCUUCCAUCUAGCUCCGAUAAUAUGAAAUUCGCGCAAAACAAGCAGAAUGCCAGAUUUUCGCCACAGAGGUCAUAUCUCCUAGUCGGUGGUCUUGGAGGCUUAGGCCGUUCUGUUUCGACAUGGAUGGUUGAAAAUGGCGCACGUCACAUAGUCUAUUUAUCACGGACCGCAGGAGAAUCAGAAGAAUACCAAUCGUUCCUCGAGAAGCUAAGGAUGCAGGGCGCCCAUCCUAUCUGUGUUGUGGGGGAUGUUUCACGUCGUAUUGACGUUGAGCAUGCUGUUUCGAAGUGCACGAAGCCACUCGCCGGGAUACUUCAAAUGUCCAUGAACCUUAGUGGUCGGACUUUCAGCGAAAUGACUUUUGAAGAAUGGAGAAACUCCCUUGCCCCGAAGGUCGAAGGGGCAUUUAACGUUCACCAUGCGACGACAGAUGAAAAACUGGAUUUCUUUGUCGUCUUUAGCUCCACUGUGGGAGUAGGUGGAAACAAGGCUCAAGCUAAUUAUGCUGCCGCAAACACCUUUUUAGACAGCUUUGCCUUGUAUCGCCGGAAUUUGGGCCUUCCAUGCUCAUCCCUUGCACUUGGUGCUGGAGAGGAUACCGGUCUCGUCGGUCGCAAUAUGGACAUUUUAGAAAUGAUCCACUCGCAGGGAAAUCACCUUUCAAGUGAAGCAGAAGUCAUGAGAGGACUCGAAAUUGCCAUUUCUCGUUCCCGAUCGAGCAUCACGAGCCCUACCAUCAUUGGGAUGACGAAUACUGAGCCGACUUCCGAUCCUCAAGCUCGCAUGUCUUGGAAUCGAGACAUCCGUUUCUCCCUCUAUGACAGCAAGGAGGCAACUUGCAUCUGCGGAGAGCUAGCCAAGCUAGUCACACAGGACAUGCUAAAUACACAGGAUCUCGACGACAAUCAAGUUGCCAAGAUUCAAGUUGCCAUUGAGUCUCCAAUGUCCAUCGAGAUCCGGGGGUGA